CUACUAAACAGGGGAGAGAGAGAGAGCAAAGGAUGGCGGCGGAGACGUUGGUCGGGUACGGCGGGGAGGGGGACGGGGGCGAUGGGGCGGUGGGGGUGGAGGCGGCGUUCCAGGCGUUGAACACCAUCAUCCAGCUCCACUUCGAGAAGAUCCUGGAGAAGAAACGCGAUGUGGACACGCAGAAGAAGGAGCUAUGGCGUCUCUUCCAGCUCUUCUUCCUCUUCCUCGCGGUGGUGCUGGCCGCCCAGCUGGGGGCGUCCCCCGAUCGCCUCCAGUGCCGCCACUGCUGGGCCCCAAUCGGCCUCCUCUCCCUCGCCCACCUCGCCUUCUACGUCGCCGUCGCCCAAACCCUCCGCUGCAUCAACGGCUUCAAGUACCAGCGCCGCUGCCACAAGCUCACCCUCGCCCUCGCCACCGAUCGCCUCAAGCUCCUUAAGUUACGCUUCUCCUCCUCCUCCUCCGCCUCCGCUGCCGCCGCUGCCGGCGCCGAGCCCCCUCCCGUUCUUCCCUCCGACUUCGAGAUCCACUACCAGGAGCCCCCGGAGAGUUACCUGGGCAAGUUCAAGCGCAGCUGGGCCCUGCACUUCGGCUUCCUCAUGUGCACCUUCGGCUUCAUGGUCUCCGCCUCCGUCGUCCUCCUCUGCUUCUAGGAUCUUCCAUUCCGUCACAUUUUGGGCAUUCCCGGUGAGAUGGACAUGGAUCUGAGAUGUGCCCUGAUGGAUUUUUCACAAGAAAUGGAAUGUGGAGAAGCUCACCACCACACCACCAUUCUGUGGAAUGAUUUGCUCAUUUGGCCCGUAGCAGAUGCGUCGGCAGUAGGAAUCAAAGCAAAGAUCAUCCCGAGUGAA